AUGAAGCUCCCUAACAAUGACGAAGCCAAACGGGAUCGGGUUGAAGUCAACUUAAAGACAGAUGAGGAGGUGGCCAAGGUGCCGUCACAUAAACUGCAGGAUGAUGUGGUGGACUGGGAUGGCCCAGAUGACCCCAAGAAUCCCCUCAACUGGCCUGCCACCAAGAGUUUUGGUCAUGUUGUGAUUGUGGCCGUUUUGUCGAUGGUCGUCAACAUCGCCGCGACCAUGGUCGCUCCGGCGAUGGAGGGCGUCGCCAGGGACCUGGAGAUCACUAACAUGACUCUGGCAACCUUCGCCGUCAGUAUCUAUCUGCUGGGGUUUGCAUUGGGUCCCCUCAUCAUCUCCUCGCUCUCUGAGAUGUACGGGCGCCUCAUCGUCUAUCACAUAUGUAAUACCAUCUUCGUCAUUUUCGUUAUCGCCUGCGCCCUGAGUCACACUCCCGCUCAAUUUCUGGUCUUCCGGUUUAUAUCUGGCUGCGCAGGAGCGACGCCACUUUCCCUUGGCGGUGGGACAAUCGCCGAUGUCAUCCCGAUCGAGAAACGCGGUGCCGCAGCGGCCCUUUUUGGCCUGGGCCCCCUUCUCGGACCGGUUCUGGGACCGGUGAUCGGGGGCUUCGUUGCCGAAGGAAAGGGCUGGCGAUGGACCUUUUGGGUGGUCGCGAUCCUCGGAGGAGCAGCGGGUAUCGGGACGCUCGUCUUCAUGCGGGAAACACAUCCCAACACCCUGUUGGCACAGAAGACCGCACACUUGCGGCGCGCAACCGGGAACCCUUACCUCCGAUCGAAACUCGAUCGCGGCCUCACAAAGCAGCAGAUCAUUGUCGCCGCCCUCGUACGUCCCACCAAAAUUUUGAUAUUCUCGCCGAUCGUGCUCGGCAUUUCCAUCUACGUGGCUCUCAUCUUCGGCCUUCUAUACCUCCUUUUUGCCACCUUUAGCAUGGUCUUUGAAGGUCAGUACGGAUUCAGCACCGGCAUUUCUGGUCUGGCCUACCUAGGCCUAGGCAUUGGCGAAUUGGUGGGGCUAGUGACAUUUGGUAUCCUGAGUGACCGGAUCUUGAAGGCCAAAAUGGCAGCGGACAAUGUCAAAGAACCUAAGCCCGAGUACCGGCUGGUGCUGAUGAUGUGGUUUCCGCCAGUCAUUGGACUUGGGUUCUUCAUCUACGGUUGGACGGCAUAUUACCAGGUGCAUUGGAUGGUUCCGAUCUUUGGGGCGUCCAUCGUUGGGUUUGGGUCCUUCUUCGUGAUCAUGCCCUCCCAGCUGUACCUGGUGGAUCUGUUCGGGUCGGAAGCGGCAGCAUCUGCGCUGGGGGCCAACAUUCUCCUCCGCUCGAUGUUCGGAGCCUUCUUGCCGCUUGCUGGGUCGCAUAUGUAUUCCACGCUCAACUACGGAUGGGGUAAUACGCUGUUAGGAUUCCUGGCACUCGCAUUUGCGCCCGUGCCGAUUCUGUUCUAUCGGUAUGGAGAAUGGCUGCGGAGUCGGACAACAGUCACACUGUGA